ACUAUUUACCAACCACCAUUAAAAUAGCUCGGUCUCUCUCAUCUCCUCGCUCAAUCUCUCGUCUAUCUUCUGCAAACCGUUUAUUCCGUAUAUGUUCUAGGUUUUCUUAAGGGCGAACAUCAAAACUAAAAAUUCAAAGAUGUGUUUCGAUCAACAGAGGUUGUUUAGGUUGGUUGAAGAAAUAAAUACAUCGAGAGGACUUCCAUCAGCUGAUGAUAAUCGGAUGAUCGAAAUUCUCAGAGGUGAUUUAGCUGAAACUGAAGCACGUCUAGCGCGAGCUAGGGCAAGAGAAGCUGAGUUGAGUCGGAGAUUAGAAAGUAUGAAACGAUUCUUAUCUGUUAUGCAAAUCCUUGAAGCCUACCUCAGGACAAGACUUCGUGAGCAGCAACAGGCGUUAAUUCAAAUUUCUUCUCCUGAAAAAUUGUAAUCAGUUUCUUAAUUAGGGUUUCGAGUUUCCCCAAAGUAAAGAGGAAAAAUCGAAACUUGUUUUUAUUCAGAUUUUCGUUGUUGCCUUGUGUUUAUUGAUCAUUUCUUCUCUGUGUUUAGUCCAUUAUUUUGAUUAAGUUAUUGCUAUUCUUAGGUAAUUUAUUUAGGGUUUAGAAACUCAAUUCUGGAUAUGCUGGGUUGAAGAAUGAAAUUAAUACUUGUACGGGGUUUACCAUUGCA